UCUUUAGGGUAGUUGAGUUCAGUUCUUGUGUGAAGUUUUGUAUAUAUUUUUUGUAAAUAUCUAUUUUUAAAUAAUCUAUUUUUUUAUAAGCUUUUUUUUUUUUUUUUUUUUUUUUUUUAAAUGAGGAGGGUAACUCUUUUCGUGAACGGGACUUCCAGAAGUGGCAAGGUGGUUGCAGUCUAUGGGACCCUGGCAGACUUGCUGUCCGUUGCCAGCAGCAAACUGGGAAUCCAUGCCUCCGCCCUGUACAAUGGGAAAGGGGGUCUCAUCGAUGACAUCGCCCUCAUCAGAGAUGAUGACGUGCUGUAUGUUUCUGAAGGAGACUCUUUCAUAGACCCCCAGGUGGAUGGGAGGAUUGCUGAUGUGACGUCUGGUGCAAACACAGACUGGCUGACUCUAAACAUUGGGGGCCGGUGCUUCACGACCACGAGGACCACGUUGGUGAGCAAGGAGCCAGACAGCAUGCUAGCGCACAUGUUCCAAGACAGAGAGCUGUGGGGGAACAAGCAAGACCCCCGAGGAGCUUACCUGAUUGACCGCAGCCCUGAAUACUUUGAGCCCAUCCUCAACUACCUGCGACAUGGGCAGCUGAUCGUCAACGAGGGCAUCAACCUGCUGGGGGUUUUGGAAGAGGCUCGGUUCUUUGGGAUAGAACAGUUGGUGGAACAGCUGGAGGUUGCGAUCAAGAAUUCCCAGCCGCCGGAAGACCACUCCCCCAUCUCGCGGAAGGAGUUUGUGCGCUUCCUGCUCGCCACUCCCACCAAGUCUGAGCUGCGCUGCCAGGGUUUGAAUUUCAGUGGUGCAGACCUGUCUCGGCUCGACCUGCGCUACAUAAAUUUCAAGAUGGCCAACCUGAGCCGCUGCAACCUGACCCAUGCCAACCUGUGCUGCGCCAACCUGGAGAGAGCGGACCUGUCCGGAGCAAACCUGGAGGGUGCUAACCUGCAAGGGGUGAAGAUGCUGUGCUCCAAUGCAGAGGGCGCCUCUCUCCGGGGCUGCAACUUCGAGGACCCCUCUGGGCUCAAGGCCAACCUGGAAGGCGCCAAUCUGAAGAAUGUGGACAUGGAGGGCAGCCAGAUGACUGGAAUCAACCUGCGAGUGGCCACUCUGAAGAACGCCAAGCUGAAGAACUGCAACCUGCGGGGCGCCACGCUGGCAGGGACCGACCUGGAGAACUGCGACCUUUCUGGCUGUGACCUGCAGGAGGCAAACCUGAGAGGCUCCAACGUGAAGGGGGCCAUCUUCGAGGAGAUGCUGACGCCGCUGCACAUGUCUCAGAGCGUCAGAUAACCACAAACAGACAGAGCCACUCCCUCCCUGCCCUCCCCAGCUGCUUCUCUCCCUGACACUGGGACCAGACUCCCAGACACCAGGCUCUGAUCGCCGGCUUCUCUCAGGGCUGCUUCCCCCCUGCGCCUUCAAGAUCAAUCUUUUUGUUAUGGGAAACCAAGUCAUGUAGACAGGUUUUGGCAUCAUUGCUCAACGCCAGUGAUGAUGAGGAUGAUGCAAGCAUUGUUAUGUAUUUUACAAUGUCUUAUUGGGGUUAUUGAAGACAGCUACGGCAUUGCAGGUUUGUUCUGUUCGGAUGAGUUGCAAAUCCGAUCCCGGUCUAAUCCAGCGCUGUUGCUCUUUGUGUUUUCUGAGACGGGACGUAGUAGUUUGCUCCAAUUUUGGGGUAUUGUACCCCUCCUAACCCCCAUAGCACACCUCAAUGGGAGUGAACAUGCUACCCUCACUCCCUCCAAAGUAACUAGGGGCGGUUGGGCUUGUCCUUAAUGAAGAAGCCAUUUUUCUUGCAUCUUGCGAGUGGUGCAGCUGAAAGACGUACAGGGUAUGUGGCGUGGUCCUUACAGUCCGAUAUGCUACAGCAAUAUACAGAGGGAACGCUGAGAGCGCCAUCUAACGAAGGCAGUCAUAGUAGAAUUUAAAGAUGUUGCAGCUUUUUAAAAACCCUUCAGACCCUUGUGAUUUUGUUUUAGCUCGGUUUUCAUUUCUAAUACUCUUUGAAAAGACGAGAGUAAAGAGCCGGCCUCUUCUCCGCUUUUUCAGUGAAACAGCAGGAAGGUAGAGUUCCAGCAGUCUCUCACCCCCUCUACAACUCAGAAACAUCACAGAGAAUUUGUAUCGUUAGUAAUUCUGUAACAUAAAGGCAUGAACGUUUAUUGUCUCCAGCCCGCUUGGUAGAGGACCCAUCUCCUGGCCAAUUGGGCAAGGCUGUAGACACCUUCUUAAAGCUGAAGGAACACAAAGCCACUUUGUGGCUUGGAACUUGGUUGCAGGAGACGAGGUUUCAGGCCACUGCACGGCACAGCAGGGGAGACUUGGGUGUUUGAUACAGCAUCCUCAAACUGGGUCUCCCUGUGGUCUCCUGGAACCAGGUUUCAAGCCGCUGUUCCUGAAAAAAUGGCUUAAUAGAUAGAAAAAAUCAGCUUAAUAGAUUAGAUAGACCGAGGGUGGAGAUAGAGAUGAAUAAAUCAGCAAGUGUGAAGCAAGUGUGGCAAUGUGAUUCAGUGGCGUUCUAACUGGAAAGUGACACUCCCCAAUGCGGAGGGGAAAGGCGGUCGUGUAGUGUUGUGCUUUCAGAGGCUUUUCACAGUGAAGAGUAUUAGAAGUGACUGGAAGCUAAUGCAGGCUGGGGCCGCAGCUUUUCAGACUGUAGCGAGGCCCGCUCCUUCGAUAGCAGGCAAGGGGCAGUAACAUUGUCUUCCAGAGUGAGGCAGCGUGGAGUCGGACUCCUGCGAUUUGCAGGGUGAAGGCUGUUUAUCGUGAUAGGAUAUCAGACUGUAUUCCUGUACUCUGCAGUGGAAGCUGGGGUUCUGCCUGCACGCGGUUGUCUUUUACACAGCCUUGAAACCGUGGCACUUAAUAAUAAUAAUAAUAAUAAUAAUAAUCAGCUGUGGAUUUGCACUUCGGUUCCCAGAAUUGUAUUCGCUCCAACAGACUGUUAUAAACCAAGUUUACCAAUCC